AUGUUAACCCGACCCACCGCCAUCCUCAUCUUCUCCCUCGUCUUCCUCAACCUCUACCUCUUCCACCGACUCAUCCGCCAACCCGUCGUGCCACUCUCACCCACCAUCGUCCCAACCCCAAGCCCAGCGGCAGCAGAGAUACAAGAAACACACCUACCAGCCCAAAUAACAACCACCACCGAAGACCCAACAACCCUAUUCCCAACCACCACUCUCGCAACAAUCACCACCCACACCACCACCACAACAACAACAACCACCCACCCACACAACACCCACAUCCACCCCCAACCAACAACCCACUCCAUCCCGCACAAACUCUGGCAAAAAACCGGCUCCAAAGGCCUCUCCCCCCAAGCCGAAUCCUGGAUCUCCACCUGGACAGCCCUAAACCCUCACCUCCGCCACGAAGUCCUCACCGAUUCAUCCGGCCUCGCCUACGUGGAAACGAACUUCCGCCCCAUCUGGCCCGAAAUCGCCGACCUAUACACAUCCCUCAGCGUGCCCAUCCUCCGCGCCGACCUCCUUCGACUCCUCAUCCUCUACAUCGACGGCGGCAUCUGGUCCGACCUCGAUGUAUCCUGCGAAGUGCCCAUCUCGCAAUGGCCUAUUCCCCCGGCAGCCAACGUGGUCGUGGGGAUAGAGUUCGACGGAUGGCAGUUCGCCUCGUGGACGGUGCUUUCCACACCGGGCAAUAACCAUAUCUAUCAUGCGAUUGAGUAUGUGGCGGGACGAUUGGAAGCAUUGGCGCAGGAGAAUAAUGUCACCGUUGGGGAGGUGACUAUGGAGAUGAUUCCGGAUGUGGUGGAUGUGACGGGGCCGCAGGCUAUUACUAUGGCGUUUUUGGAGACGAUUAGUGAGAGUGUUGGGAGACGGGUGGGUAAGGAUGAGGUCGAGGGGUUGGGAGAGGGGGGAGUGUUGCUUGGGGAUGUGUUGGUUUUGCCGCAGGCGAGCUUUGCGGCGUUGCAGGGGGGGAUGCCCACGGGGCAGGGGGAGUAUUUGGUGAGUCAUCAUUAUGCGGGGAGUUGGAAGAAUGAGGUGGGUGGGGAGGAGGGGGUAAAAGAGGAGGAAGAGGAGGACGGGGAUGAGGAGGUUGUGAUUGUUGUGGAGGGAGAGGAUGGGGAUGGAGAUGGGAAUGGGGGAGAGGGUGAGGGGAUUAGGGUAUGCUAUGCUAUGCUGUGCAUUCUAACUUUCACGGGCAACUGCUCGUCGUCACACGUGGCACUCCUUACUGUCAACUGCUUCUGCAGUGUCAGCUCCAACUCGACAGCUCACUCGGCCGCCAUUGCUAACGUCGCACCGGAAUUAUUGUCGAUGAUGCGUCAGUCUCCGUGA